CCCGCCUCCCGGCGCUGACGGCCGAGUACGAAGCCGGCGAGGGGGAGUCAGCCACCGCGGCCGCCGGCGCGCCGCCCAGCAUGGUGCGGGAAACCAGGCACCUCUGGGUGGGCAACUUACCGGAGAACGUGCGGGAGGAGAAGAUCAUCGAACAUUUCAAACGCUAUGGCCGUGUGGAAAGUGUCAAAAUUCUCCCCAAGAGGGGCUCUGAAGGAGGAGUGGCCGCCUUUGUGGAUUUUGUGGACAUUAAAAGUGCACAGAAAGCUCACAACUCAGUCAACAAAAUGGGAGAUAGAGACCUCCGCACGGAUUACAAUGAACCAGGCACUAUUCCAAGUGCUGCUCGGGGAUUGGAUGAUACAGUUUCCAUAGCAUCUCGUAGUAGAGAGGUUUCUGGGUUCAGAGGAGGUGGUGGAGGGCCUGCUUAUGGCCCCCCACCAUCACUUCAUGCACGAGAAGGACGUUAUGAGCGGAGACUUGAUGGGGCUUCAGAUAACAGGGAGCGUGCUUAUGAACAUAGUGCCUAUGGACACCAUGAACGGGGGACGGGAGCAUUUGAUCGGACAAGACAUUACGAUCAGGAUUACUAUAGAGAUCCUCGAGAGCGGACUUUACAACAUGGGCUCUAUUAUACAUCUCGGAGUCGAAGUCCAAACCGUUUUGAUGCUCAUGACCCCCGAUAUGAACCUAGGGCUCGGGAGCAGUUUACACUGCCCAGUGUGGUACACAGGGAUAUCUACAGGGAUGAUUUGACCCGGGAGGUACGAGGCAGAAGGCCAGAGCGGAAUUACCAGCACAGCAGGAGUCGCUCACCACAUUCAUCCCAGUCUAGAAAUCAGUCUCCUCAGAGACUGGCUAGCCAAGCGUCUAGACCCACCAGGUCCCCUAGCGGCAGCGGCUCUAGGAGUAGAUCGUCUAGUAGUGACUCAAUCAGCAGCAGCAGUAGUACCAGCAGUGACAGCAGCGAUUCCAGCAGCAGUUCAAGUGAUGACUCUCCAGCCCGAUCCGUUCAGUCGGCAGCAGUCCCUGCACCCACUUCCCAGUUGCUUUCAUCUCUCGAAAAAGAUGAACCUCGUAAAAGUUUUGGGAUCAAAGUUCAGAAUCUGCCAGUACGCUCUACAGAUACAAGCCUUAAAGAUGGCCUUUUCCAUGAAUUUAAGAAGUUUGGCAAGGUGACUUCAGUACAGAUACAUGGAACUUCAGAAGAGAGGUAUGGACUGGUAUUCUUUCGGCAGCAAGAGGACCAAGAAAAAGCACUAACUGCAUCAAAGGGAAAGCUUUUCUUUGGAAUGCAGAUUGAAGUAACUGCAUGGAUAGGGCCAGAAACAGAAAGUGAAAAUGAAUUUCGCCCUUUGGAUGAAAGGAUAGAUGAGUUUCACCCCAAAGCAACAAGGACUUUGUUCAUUGGCAACCUUGAGAAGACCACCACGUACCAUGACCUUCGCAACAUCUUCCAGCGCUUUGGAGAAAUCGUGGAUAUUGAUAUUAAGAAAGUAAAUGGAGUACCUCAGUAUGCGUUCUUGCAAUACUGCGAUAUCGCCAGUGUUUGCAAAGCUAUUAAGAAGAUGGAUGGAGAAUACCUUGGAAAUAAUCGCCUCAAGCUGGGUUUUGGAAAGAGCAUGCCUACAAACUGUGUAUGGCUAGAUGGGCUUUCUUCAAAUGUGUCAGAUCAGUAUUUAACACGACAUUUCUGCCGAUAUGGGCCUGUGGUGAAGGUGGUAUUUGACCGCUUAAAAGGCAUGGCCCUGGUUCUCUACAAUGAGAUUGAGUAUGCACAAGCAGCUGUAAAAGAGACCAAGGGGAGGAAAAUCGGUGGGAAUAAGAUUAAGGUUGAUUUUGCGAAUCGGGAAAGUCAGCUGGCAUUUUAUCACUGCAUGGAGAAGUCAGGCCAAGAUAUCAGAGACUUUUAUGAAAUGUUAACAGAAAGAAGAGAGGAACGAAGGGGAUCCUAUGACUAUAACCAAGAUCGGACGUAUUACGAGAGUGUUCGGACUCCAGGUACAUAUCCCGAGGACUCCCGGAGGGACUACCCAGCCCGAGGAAGAGAAUUUUAUUCAGAGUGGGAAACAUACCAAGGAGACUACUAUGAGUCCCGCUACUACGAUGAUCCUCGAGAAUACAGGGAUUACAGAAGCGAUCCCUAUGAACAGGACAUUCGGGAAUAUAGUUACAGGCAAAGAGAACGAGAGAGAGAGCGUGAAAGAUUUGACUCUGAGCGGGACAGAGACCAUGAGAGAAGGCCCAUUGAGCGAAGUCAGAGUCCUGUGCACUUGCGACAUCCACAGAGUCCUGGAGUAUCUCCCUCGCAGUCAGAGAGGUUGCCGAGUGACUCAGAGAGGAGGCUGUAUAGCCGGUCCUCAGAGCGGAGUGGCAGCUGCAGCUCACUCUCCCCCCCACGGUACGAUAAACUGGACAAGUCUCGUUUGGAGCGCUAUACAAAAAGUGAAAAGACAGAUAAAGAACGAAUUUUCGAUCCUGAGAGAAUGGAAAGAGAGAGGCGCUUAACACGGAAGGAGAAAGUGGAAAAGGACAAACCUGACAAACAGAGACGAAAAGGAAAACUUCAUUCCCCUAGUUCUCAGUCUUCAGAAACUGACCAGGAGAAUGAGCGCGAACAGAGCCCUGAGAAGUCAAGGAGUUCUAGUAAACUGAGCAGAGAGAAAACUGACAAAGAAGGAGUGGGGAAAAACCGCCUGGAGCUCAUGCCUUGUGUGGUUUUGACUCGAGUAAAAGAGAAAGAAGGGAAGGUCAUUGACCACACUCCACUGGAAAAGCUGAAAGCCAGGCUUGAUACCGACUCCGCCAAGUCUUCUGUCCUGGACCAGAAAGUUCAGGCCUCCCAGACAGAGCCUGCAAAAUCUGACUCUAAAGCAGAACCUGCUAGAGGAAAAGUGGUGAGGGAAAAGGUGCUUAGCCACAUGGAGGUAGCAGAUAAGGAAGGCAGGCCUAAGCCCAGGAAGCCUCUCAGGCCAGAGCAGACCCCUGAGGGCCUGAGUGCUGUGGACCUGGAGAAGCUGGAAGCCAGGAAAAGGCGAUUUGCAGAUUCCAGUUUGAAAGCAGAAAGGCAAAAACCAGAAGUCAAGAAAAGCAGUCCUGACAUGGAAGAUGCUCGUGUACUUUUAAAAAAGCAAGCUGACUUGUCAUCGAGAGAUGUCAUCCUGCUGCGGGAGGGGGAGUCUGAAAGGAAGCCUGGGCGAAAAGAAAUUCUUAAAAGAGAAUCUAAAAAAAUCAAACUGGACAGACUUAACACCGCUCCCAGCCCUAAAGACUGUCAGGAGCUUGCUAGUGUCUCUGUUGGGUCUGGCUCAAGGCCUAGCUCAGACCUGCAAGCAAGACUGGGAGAACCAGGGGGUGAAUCUGUGGAAAAUCAAGAAUCUCAGUCAAAAAAAGUCACCCCCUCCAAACCACAGCUCAAACAGCUGCAGCUCUCAGAUGAUCAGGGACCGGAGAGAGAGGAUGGCAGGAAAAACUGUUGCAGUCUUCGUGAAGAAACAUCUGAACGCAAACCAGGCCAAGAGAAACCACAUGUGGUAAAUACUGAAGAAAAAAUUGGCAUUGACAUUGAUCACACACAGAGUUACCGCAAACAAAUGGAGCAGAGUCGUAGAAAACAGCAGAUGGAAAUGGAAAUGGCCAAGUCUGAAAAGUUCGGCAGUCCUAAAAAAGACAUUGACGAAUAUGAAAAGCGUAGCCUUGUUCACGAGGUGGGCAAACCCCCUCAGGAUGUCACCGAUGACUCACCCCCCAGCAAAAAGAAAAGGAUGGAUCAUGUUGAUUUUGAUAUAUGCACCAAAAGAGAGAGGAAUUACAGAAGUUCACGCCAAGUCAGUGAGGAUUCUGAAAGGACUGGCUGCUCUCCCAGCCUCCGCCAUAGUUCCUUCCACGAAGAUGAUGACCCCCUCAGCUCUCCUAGGCCUACAGCAGUAAAAGGGUCUCCUAAAGCAGAUGAAAAAGGUCUCCCCUAUUCUAAUGUAACAGUGAGAGAAGAGUCCUUAAAAUUUAAUCCUUAUGACUCUAGCCGGAGAGAACAGAUGGCAGACAUGGCCAGAAUAAAGCUGUCUGUCUUGAAUUCUGAAGAUGAGUUAAAUCGUUGGGACUCUCAAAUGAAACAAGAUGCCAGCAGAUUUGAUGUGAGCUUCCCAAACAGCAUCAUUAAGAGAGAUAGCCUGCGAAAGAGAUGUGUGCGUGAUCUGGAGCCUGGGGAGGUGCCUUCUGAUUCGGACGAAGAUGGUGAGCACAAAUCCCACUCGCCCCGGGCUUCUGCAGUGUAUGAGAAUUCCCGGUUGUCUUUUUUAUUGAGAGACAGAGAAGACAAACCACGUGAUCGGGAAGAAAGACUUUCUGGUUCUUUAGAAAGGAACAAAUUUUAUUCUUUUGCACUGGAUAAGACAAUCACACCAGACACUAAAGCUUUGCUUGAACGAGCGAAAUCUCUCUCUUCAUCCCGAGAAGAGAAUUGGUCUUUUCUGGACUGGGACUCCCGAUUUGCUAAUUUUCGAAACAACAAAGAUAAAGAAAAGGUUGACUCUGCUCCAAGGCCUAUUCCAUCUUGGUACAUGAAAAAGAAAAAGAUCAGGACUGACUCAGAAGGGAAAAUGGAUGAUAAAAAAGAUGAUCAUAAGGAGGAGGAGCAGGAAAGACAGGAACUGUUUGCCUCUCGUUUUUUACACAGCUCCAUCUUUGAACAGGACUCCAAGCGGCUGCAGCAUUUAGAGAGGAAGGAUGAAGACUCCGACCUCCCUCCUGGGAGGUCCUAUGGGAGGCAGGUAUCUGACGGACCACACACCACAAGCGAGUCAGUUCAGGAACCGGUCGUUCUCUUCCACAGCAAAUUCAUGGAGCUCACAAGAAUGCAACAGAAAGAAAAAGAAAAAGACCAAAAACCCAAAGAGGUUGAGAAGCAGGACAAUACAGAGAACCAUCCCAAGACCCCAGAAUCUGCUGUGGAGAACAAAGAGUCGGAGCUGAAAACCCUACUCCCAGCCAGGCUUCCCAGUGUCCCAGCUGUAACUGCAGAAACAGCAUCAUCCAUGCCAGAGAAGACCAGUGAGCGGGUAGCCGAGGCAUCUCCAGUGCCUCUGGAAGAGAAGCCUGUGGAACCAGCUGCUGUUCCCGAAGAGAUAAAACCAGGAGCUGAGCUGGCACCUGUUUCUGGGGAACAGCUUGAACAAGUAGAUGUGCCCCCACGAGCAGACAGUGGCCACGAGGCUCCCGUGGCACCUCUCACUGUGGAAGAUACCUCACCUAUGGACCCCCCACCAAGUAUGGACGCCAAGCCUCCCACUCCAGGGCCCUCACUUUCCCAGGUGGAAAGCAAUAUGGAUCCAGAGCCUGAGAGUCCCCAACUGCCUUCCAAACUGAGCCAGAAGACUGAGGACGCUGAAGAGCCAAAAGCAGAAAGGCUAGACAUAGCUUCGAGCAUUGACCCUGGAAUCAAUCAGAAGGCUGAAGUUGCUCCCGAGGCUCAGCCUCAAGCUUCUGAGGAUGCAGAGAUUGAUCCUCCCACUGCUGCAAAAGAUAAGAAGCCAAACAAAAGUAAGCGCUCCAAGACGCCAGUUCAGGCAACUGCAGCAAGCAUCGUGGAGAAGCCAGUCACGAGGAAGAGUGAGAGGAUUGACCGGGAAAAGCUAAAACGGUCCAGUUCUCCGCGGGGAGAAGCACAGAAGCUUCUAGAACUGAAGAUGGAGGCAGAGAAGAUUACAAGGACUGCUUCUAAACACUCUUCUGGGGACACGGAGCACCCUGAACCAAGUCUUCCAGUCAGCCGAACGAGGCGUCGGAAUGUCAGGAGUGUUUAUGCAACUAUGAGUGACCACGAAAGCCGCUCUCCAGCCAAAGAGCCCACAGAGCAGCUGAGAGUGACCAGGAAGAGAUUAGAGAGAGAGCUUCAGGAGGCUGCUGUAGUUCCCGCCACCCCUCGGAGAGGACGACCUCCAAAAACACGCCGGCGAGCCGAAGAGGACGAUGAAGCUGAGACUAAAGAGCCUGCAGAAACACCCAGACCAGCUGAGGGGUGGAGGUCCCCGCGGGCUCAGAAAGCAGCAGCUGGUGGCCAUCAAGGGAAAAGGGGGAGAAAUGAGCCUAAAGUUGAAGCAGAGCGAGCAGAGGCUGCUGCUGAGGCGCGGCACCAGGUAAACGUGAAAGAGGGCAACACCAGAUCCAAGGGGGAUAAAGAGGAAGCAGGAAGUGACCCGAAACGAGACCGAAAGGAAAUGGUCACCAACAAACAUGUGCCUGACUUUGAAGCCAUGGAAAAAAGGCCAGUCCCCGAAAAAAACUCCAAAUCAAAGAGAGGAAGAUCUCGAAAUGCACGCAGUGCGGUGGACAGAGCUGCGCAUCUGAGAAGUGUGGCAGUGGCCGCCAGUCCCAGUGUGGCCCUUGCAGGGGGGCCAGGGCAGGCAGUGGACAGGGAAGCUGGGAUUGUGGCAGUCUCCCCCGAGAAAAGCGAGAGUCCCCAAAAGGAGAGUUGUUCCUCAUCCCAGUUGAAAACCACUCCAGUGGAUCCCGACAGGGAGUCGGGGAGAGAGGAUCUGUCUGCCCCCCGGCUGUCUGCAGAGGUGGCUCAGUUGGCCAAGCAGAUGGAGCUGGAACGGAUGGAGUUGGAGCGGGCUGUGGAGAAUAUCGCAAAGCUUGCUGACACGGCCCCCCGUGGCACUUACAAGGCAGCAGCUAUGGGAGCUGUGGGUCCUACUACGGAGGACAGGGACAAACCCGCCCCUCAGGCCAGUGAAACAGAACUGGCUGCGGCCAUUGGUUCCAUCAUCAGUGACAUCAGUGACUCCCCUGCCCCGCCCCCUUUCCCUGCGGACUCUCAGACAGAUCUGCAGUCCCCAGGGGAAGCCACAGAGCCUGAGACCCACCAGGCCGUGUCUGGAAUCGUAGAAGCUGCUUUGGAGUCUUCUAGACCUGCAGUCAGUGCCCCUGUCCCCUCAGCAGGUGCCAAGGAGGCUGGGGGAGAUGGCAGUGACACCUCUCGCCUGCCCCGGCAGGCCAGAGGGUCCAGGGAAGGAGCAGUCGCUCUUGUCCGCAAAGACAAAGGGCGCCAAAAGACUACAAGGUCCCGCCGUAGACGGAAUACAAAUAAGAAGGCCAGCGCUGCAGCCGAGCCUCCCAGCGCUGCAGCCGACCCCCCUGCCACCGUAGAGACAGAGACUGACCAGGCUCAAGGCGAGAGCCCCACUGUGAAUGAGGAGACCACGAUCCAACCCCCAGACUCACUGCAGGAAGACACACAGACUGAAAAGCCCCAAACUACCCCUCCUCAGGCCUGUGCUUCUGACCCGACCAAGACUCCACCCACAGAGGGUUUGCCUGAAGACAGCAAUGCUGAAGAGAAGACGCCCUCCAAAGUGCCCACAUCCCCGGCCCUCCCCUCCCUGUCCCAGCCAGCGCUGGCUGAUGACGAGGCCCAGGCCAGGUUCAAGGUACAUUCAAUCAUUGAAAGUGACCCUGUGACCCCACCCAGUGAUUCGAGUCUACCCCUGCCCAUACUUCCUCCUGUGACUGUAGCUAAGCUUGCUGCCCCUGUCCCCUCCGGGGCUGUCCCACACCAGAGCCCCCCAACGAAGCUAACAGAGUGGAUCACAAGGCAGGAGGAGCCGCGGCCUCAGUCCACCCCGUCUCCAGCUCUUCCCCCGGACACAAAGGCCUCUGAUGUGGAUACCAGCUCCAGUACGCUGAGGAAGAUCCUUAUGGACCCUAAAUACGUGUCUGCCACAGGCAUCACGUCCACCAGCGUCACCACAGCUAUCCCGGAGCCUGUGAGCGCCGCCCCUGCGCUGCACACGGCACUGCCCCCUCCAGUGGAAGCCAAGAAGCCUCCCUUAGAAGAAAGCCCCGUGGUUCCAGCCACGCAAGCCGCCGACACGCAGGCCUUGCAGCUCCCCGUGACCUCGGACAAGGAGAAGGUGGCUCCAGUCAUCGCCCCCAAAAUCACAUCUGUUAUUAGCCGGAUGCCUGUCAGCAUUGAUUUGGAGAACUCACAGAAGAUAACUUUGGCAAAACCAGCACCUCAGACCCUGACAGGCCUGGUGAGUGCCCUGACGGGCCUGGUCAAUGUCUCCCUGGUCCCUGUGAACGCCCUCAAGGGCCCUGUGAAGGGCUCGGUGGCCACGCUGAAGGGGCUGGUGAGCACCCCUGCGGGGCCCGUGAAUGUCCUCAAGGGGCCCGUGAACGUCCUCACCGGGCCUGUGAACGUCCUCACCACGCCGGUGAAUGCCACGGUGGGCGCGGUGAACACUGCCGCGGGGGCAGCGACAGUCACAGCCGCCACGGUUGCCUCUGGGGGCGUGACUGCCGCAACGGGCACGACGACUGUGACCACCGUGACGACCAUGACAGGCGCCGCCGCCGCCGCCGCCGCCACCCCGGUGGCGAAAAGCAAGCAGAGGUCAGGCAGCAGCGAGAACAACCGCUUCCACCCCGGGGCCAUGUCUGUGAUCGAUGACCGGCCCGCUGACACGGGCUCCGGCCCGGGGCUGCGUGUGAACACUUCGGAAGGGGUUGUGUUGCUGAGUUACUCUGGGCAGAAGACUGAGGGCCCACAGAGAAUCAGCGCCAAGAUCAGCCAGAUCCCUGCAGCCAGUGCCGUGGAUAUUGAAUUCCAGCAGUCCGUGUCCAAGUCCCAGGCGAAGGCCGAUUGCGUCACGCCUUCGCAGCCCACGCCCAAAGGCCCUCAGGCCCCUUCUGGCUUUGCCAACGUGGCCACCCAUUCCACCCUGGUGUUGACGGCGCAGACCUACAACGCGUCUCCUGUCAUUUCAUCCGUGAAGGCCGACCGUCCGACCCUGGAGAAGCCCGAGCCCAUUCACCUCUCUGUGUCCACGCCCGUUACCCAGGGUGGCACAGUGAAGGUUCUCACGCAGGGCAUCAACACGUCCCCGGUGCUGGUGCACAACCAACUGGUCCUCACCCCAAGCAUAGUCACCGCCAACAAGAAGCUCGCUGACCCUGUCACUCUCAAGAUAGAGACCAAGGUCCUUCAGCCAGCUAACCUGGGCUCCACACUCGCCCCCCACCAUCCCCCAGCUCUGCCCAGCAAGCUCCCGACGGAAGUGAACCAUGUCACCUCAGGACCUAGCACCCCGGCAGAGCGGGCGGUCUCCCACUUGGCAGCCACCAAGCCAGAGGCCCACUCUCCUCGACCCAGCGGGCCCACGCCGUCCUUCCCGAGGGCAUGCCACCCCAGCAGCACCGCGUCCACCGCGCUCUCCACCAACGCCACGGUCAUGCUGGCUGCAGGAAUCCCCGUGCCUCAGUUUAUCUCCAGUAUCCACCCUGAGCAGUCCGUCAUCAUGCCACCCCACAGUAUCACCCAGACCGUGUCCCUUGGCCACUUGUCCCAGGGCGAGGUGAGAAUGAACACACCCACAUUGCCUAGCAUCACCUACAGCAUCCGCCCAGAGACCCUUCACCCUCCUCGGGCCCCCCUGCAGCCCCAGCAGAUAGAGGUCAGGGCCCCGCCCCGGGCUGGCACACCCCAGCCGGCCCCUGCCAGCGUUCCCGCCCUGGCCUCCCAACACCCGCCUGAGGAGGAGGUGCACUACCUCCCCGUCGCCCGAGCCGCAGCCCCCGUGCAGUCCGAGGUGCUGGUCAUGCAGUCUGAGUACCGCCUGCACCCAUACACCGUGCCCCGCGACGUGAGGAUCAUGGUGCACCCACACGUGACUGCGGUCAGCGAGCAGCCCAGGGCCACCGAGGGCGUGGUGAAGGUGCCCCCUGCCAGCAAGGCCCCCCAGCAGCCAGCCAAGGAAGCUGCCAAGACAUCAGAUGCCAAAGCAGCCCCGGCCCCCACCUCAGCUCCUCAUGGCGAGGCCCGCAUCCUCACCGUCACCCCCAGCAACCAGCUCCAGGGGCUGCCUCUCACCCCACCGGUGGUUGUGACCCAUGGGGUGCAGAUCGUGCACUCCAGCGGAGAGCUCUUCCAAGAAUACCGGUACGGCGACAUCCGCACCUACCAUGCUCCAGCCCAGCUCUCCCACACCCAGUUUCCCGUGGCCUCCUCCAUCGGCCUGCCCUCCCGGACCAAGACUCCGGCCCAGGGACCCCCGGAAGGUGAGCCCUUGCAAUCCAUACCUUCCGCACAGCCUGCCUCACCCAUGUCAUCAGCACAGCCUGUCCCGCCUAUGCCCUCCUGCCAGCCCUUGCCACUCAGCCAGCCUGGCCAGCCACCCAGCAGCAAGAAGCCGCAGGUCUCCCAGGAGGCAAAGGGGACCCAGACUGGAGGAGCAGAGCAGCCUCGCCUCCCGGCUGUCCCUGCAAGCAGGCCUUCAGAGCCCCAUGCUCAGCUUCAGCGGGCACAGGCGGAAACAGGCCCGGCGUCUCACCCUUCCCCUGUGUCGGUCACCAUGAAGCCUGACCUCCCGGCCCUGCCCCCUCAGGCUGCCCCAAAGCAGCCGUUGUUUAUCCCCACAACUUCAGGCCCCAGCACCCCACCAGGACUGGCUCUGCCGCACACUGAAACCCAGUCAGCCCCUACCCAAGAUUCUUCUCCGCACCUAACUUCCCAGAGACCUGUGGACAUGGUCCAGCUUCUGAAGAAGUAUCCCAUUGUGUGGCAGGGCUUGCUGGCCCUCAAGAACGACACAGCUGCUGUGCAGCUCCACUUUGUCUCUGGCAACAACGUCCUGGCCCAUCGCUCGCUGCCCCUCUCUGAAGGAGGCCCCCCGCUGAGGAUUGCCCAGAGGAUGCGGCUGGAGGCAUCACAGCUAGAAGGGGUUGCUCGAAGGAUGACAGUGGAGACAGAUUACUGUCUACUGCUAGCGCUGCCCUGUGGUCGUGACCAAGAGGACGUGGUGAGCCAGACAGAGUCCCUCAAGGCUGCCUUCAUCACCUACCUGCAAGCCAAGCAGGCAGCGGGGAUCAUCAACGUUCCCAACCCUGGCUCCAAUCAGCCUGCUUACGUGCUGCAGAUCUUCCCACCCUGUGAGUUCUCUGAGAGUCACCUGUCCCGCCUGGCUCCUGACCUCCUUGCCAGCAUCUCCAACAUCUCCCCCCACCUGAUGAUUGUCAUCGCUUCCGUGUGAGGCAUCGAGUGGUCAUCACCCGAGGUAUCUUCCCGAGGCCCUGCUGCAGAAAAUGCACCCAACACCGGACAGGACAGCCCAGCAGGCGAGGGGAAGCUGCUGAUGGGGACAGACUGCUGCCCGGCGCCAGCUUCCUGCACUCGCCCACCACUCAGCUCCAAGGGACAGACCUCUGGGCGGAGGUGCUGCUACUUUGUAUGUUUACACGACACUUUCACCCAGGACAGACCACCGAUGGAUGGACAGACUUGCAAACUCCUAGGGGCUGGGUUUCUGUCUCCUCUUUUGGGAGAAAAGGAACAGAGCAAUGGAACGAAUUUUUUUUUUUUUUUUUUUU